AUGGAAAAGUCGUGCCAUUUUCCACCAUCCUCGCAGUCGUCCCUCGCCUCCUCAUCUCUGUCUGCGAUCCAGAACGAGGGCACCGCAUCCGUGGCCUCGUUCUCCCCGCCGUCUUCUCCGGCCACUUCCGCUUCAAUGGCAACACACGGCUCGUCCAUCUUCGGCUUUGCGUCGCCUGCUGAUACGAAGGGCGUCCAGGAGGUUCCGCUUUCUCUGUCGGCCUUUGAGCGGCGCACAAACGCCUUGGAGGAGGAGCGGCUGCACUACGCGCAGUUGGGCCAGCGUGCGGCAGAUGCCUUUGAGGAGCACCGUCGCGAGCUCACACAGCUGGCGCAGAAGGAGCGGGCCAUUCGCAGCCACCGUGAGGAUGCGCUGCGGGCUCAGCUACAGGAGACACUUCAAGCGAAUCGCGAGCUGAUGGCGCGCGUCGCUGAGCAGCGUCAACGGCACGAGAAAGCGUGGUUUGCAGAGCUGCAGGGGCAUCGCGGCAACAACACACGUCAAGGUGAGUUGGAGUCGACGUUGUGGCAGCUGCAUGAGGAGUGGCUAGAGCUGCGGCGGGGCGUGGCGGAGGUGGAGGCUUCGCAUGAGGAACAUCGCCGAAGCCUUGCCAUCUGCUUGCGUGAUCAAGAGUGCCUGAGGAAUAGGGUGCGCUCCCUGCAGGAUGGCCUGUGGGGCGCUGAGGCGAAGGCUGCGGUAGCGGAACAGCAUGGGGAAGAAGUCGUUGAAGAUCGGCGAGGGCAAAUGGGCUCAGUGGCAGCGCAGGUCAAGAGCGUCGACGAGAGUUUGGUGGAAAAGCCGCCCUUGCGCACAUACGCUGCAGGGCCACUGCAACUCACGCGGCAGCCCCGCUGCUCGCAGUGCGACGUGCCACCCAAAGUGUGGGGCGGGUCGUCGCCCACGCGUUGUGCGCCGCGUCGCCAUUUUGUGCCGACUGGGCCGUGGGAUGCCAGCAGCCCCUGUCGCGCCUCCUCGCCCUGCACCCACAACGUAGAGGCGAUGGUGGCGACUAUCGAGCGUGAUAACUACCUGCGACCUCGGUUGUACUACCACCGUGUGGGGUGUGGGCCGACUGGCAUGGCCGGCGUCCCCGUAGCGGCAGCCUCAGCGUACCGGCAGCACCGCAGCGACGUUAGCGCGUCGCGACCACCACCGCCACCUCCAGGUGCGUGCACCUCACCUUUCUACUGCGCAUCGGCGACGACUCCACGGCAUGGUUACCACCGCCAUCUGCAAAGCGGUCAACACUCUCCCGGGUUGUCGUCGUCAUCGACCUCGCCCGGCACCUCCACCUCCUACCCAUACACGACAACGGAGCCUUCGUCAUCAUCUUGCUCGUGUGAAUCCUGUGAACACGUUCAUGCAAGCUCCACAGCAAACAGAGGCACGCAUUCGCCAUCCGUGCAGCAUCGUGACGAGCACCAGCGCGCGGCCUCGCCACGCCGGUCACGGAGCCACUGCUUUUCGCUACGAGCACGAGGCGAGAGGGCCACAGCGGACACUCAGGCGAACGCUGGCGUGCGCAUGCCUUUUCAUUCAAGUGAGUCCACUACUGCACUGGGCUCAUUCCAGACCCUUUCUCAUGCACCAUUACCACCGCCGCCGGCAGCGGAUGGCCUGCACGGGGUCGCGCUGAAUGCCACUUGCCGUGCUCUCAUCACUGAUCUGGCUGAUAUGCGGGCCGAGUACCGACACUGCCAGCGCCAGCUGCGCGACCCGCAUGGUGACUCUGUGGCAGCGAGUCAAGAGAUGCGCCGCCUAAUGCAUGAGAUAGACGGCAAAGCCGACCAGAUACGUGCUCUACGGCUGGAGCAGGGACGCCACAACGACGCGCUGCGAGUACGAGAUGUGCUGCGGGAGGUUAUGAUAGAGAACCGCUACUGCGAGGCUGUAUACAGCGACUUGAUGGACCUGAUACGUACCUAA